AUGGACAAGGCACUUCACCCUGGUAGCACAGCAGAGCUGACCCUGUGGGCAGGGAUACUGGUGAGCCGGAUGGGAGGAGAGCUGGCCUCAGGGUCACGAGAUUGGAUAGCUGAUCCUGCCCCUCACAGGCUGCAGCACGCAGGAGAGCGGGCCUGCAGCUCGCCUGAGAGACACACUGGAGCUGACCUGUUGGCAGUAAAGCAGAUGAACCAGUCCUGUAGAUGGAAUGAUUCGAAAAUUGUCAGUGUCCUCGUGAAGCUUAAUCAGUACCUGCUGGCUGCUCUUCAGAGCCUGGAGAAGCCUCUGCAGCUAACACCACGCCCAGAAAGCUCCAUCUCAGGGGCAAACCCACUCGCUCUGGCGACUGUGCUCGGCUCCAGCAGCGCCUGGGCCGUGGAGUUCUUCGCCUCCUGGUGUGGCCACUGCAUCGCCUUCGCCCCAACAUGGAGGGAGCUAGCCAACGACGUGCGGGACUGGAAGCCAGCACCGACCCCUUCUAUCCUGGACUGUGCUGAUGAGACCAAUAAUGUCUGUCGAGACUUCAACUUCGCUGGCUUCCCAACUGUGAGGAUUUUUAAGGCCUUGUCCAAGAAUAGUUCUGGAACAACAUUGCCAGUGGCCGAUGCUAACGUGCAUACGCUACAAAAAAGGCUCAUUGAUGCCGUGGAGUCCCACCGUGACAAAUGGCCCUCAGCCUUUCCGCCUCUGCAUCCUGCCAAGAUGAAGGAGAUCAAAGAAUUCUUUGCAAAAAAUAACACAGAGUACCUGGCCCUGAUCUUUGAAGACAAAAACUCCUACGUGGGCAGAGAGGUAGCUCUGGACCUCUCCCAACGCCGUGUACGAGUACGCAGGGUCUUAAAUACAGAGAGCGACGUGGUGAGCAAGUUUGAUGUCACUGACUUUGCCUCAUGCUACCUGCUAUUUCGGAAUGGCUCUAUCUCCAGAGUGCCUGUGCUGAUGGAGUCCAGGCCUUUCUAUACAUCCUACCUGCGGGGACUGUCUGGACCAACCAGGGAGGCUCCCCCAACCACAGCUGCGCCAGUCUCUGCUGAAAACAUAGCUCCCACAGUGUGGAAGCUUGCAGACCACUCCAAGAUCUACAUGGCCGACCUGGAAUCCUCUCUACAUUACAUCCUGCGUGUAGAAGUGGGAAAGUUCUCAGUUCUGGAGGGACAUCGCCUGAUGGCCCUGAAAAAGUUUGUGGCAGUAUUGGCCAAGUACUUCCCUGGCCGGCCUUUGGUCCAGAAUUUCCUGCACUCCAUAAAUGACUGGCUUCACAAGCAGCCGAGAAAGAAGAUCCCCUAUAGUUUCUUUAGAACUGCUCUGGACAACAGGAAGGAGGAUGCUGUUCUUGUUGAGAAGGUGAACUGGGUUGGCUGCCAGGGCAGCGAGCCACAUUUUCGGGGCUUUCCCUGCUCCCUGUGGGUCCUCUUCCACUUCCUGACUGUGCAGGCAAGUCGGCAUAGUGAAACUUAUCCACAAGAACCAGCUGAUGGCCAGGAGGUCCUCCAAGCCAUGCGGAACUAUGUCCGGUUCUUCUUUGGCUGUAGAGACUGUGCUGACCAUUUUGAGCAGAUGGCUGCUGCCUCUAUGCACCGGGUAACAAGUCCCAGAAAUGCCGUUCUCUGGCUCUGGACCAGCCACAACAGGGUUAACGCUCGCCUCUCAGGUGCUCCGAGUGAGGACCCCUACUUCCCCAAGUUGCAGUGGCCACCCCGUGAACUGUGUUUAGCCUGCCAUAAUGAACUCAAUGGACAGGAGCUUGUGUGGGACCUAGAUGCCACCUUCAACUUUCUCAAGGCUCACUUCUCUCCAGUAAACAUUGUCAUGGACUCUCCUGCAGCUGGACCAGCAGCCCAGAGGGGUCCCCAGAAUCAUGAAGCUACCCCAGAGCUGGUAAUGGAUACAGUAGAACUGGAGAGCAGAAAUUCAGUGCUGGGCCAUGAGCGGGCUGCUUCUGCAGAGCCCCCUGGAGCUACUGCCCUAGCUGUUCCAGCUGAGAAGCCUGAAGCAAGUGGCCCCCAGGAACUAUACACAGGCCUCAGAAUGAGUGGAGCUCCAGCAGGGCAGGGCCCUCCUGAGCACGUGGAAGAGCUUCAGAGAGACACGCAGGAACAUGCCCAGGGGUGGCAGCACUUGAACAAGAGAGACACGAUAUUUUUUCCUCAAAAUCAAUCACAAGAGCUCCUCACCCAGCUGGAAGUCCCUCUGGCUCACUCUACAGUUCACAGCAGCCCAGGGAACACUAUCAGUUCAGCAGAAGCCUUGGACACAGCUUUCCAGCUCCCUGCAGAGGCCUCUCUCCUACACUGCCCAGUCCUAAAACUUGAUCAUCCUACUGACAAUCACUGCCCGCAGGAUGCCACCAGAGACACCAAGGGCCAGAUGGGGUCUACAAGGACGAGGAAACGAGUCUCUGUGCUGAGUACUGGGUUGGGAUGGCAUUGCCUGAGCACUGAAAAUUGCCCGCUGGGGCUGAGUGACAGCUCAGUUGGCAAGGCACUUGCCUUGCAAGCAUGA